AUGGAUAAGAACGGCGCCAAGGACGUCAAGUCCGAGUCGCAAGACGAACACAAGGAGAAGCGCGACAAGCCUGAGAACGGCAACCAUGUUCAGCCUUCCAAGAGCCCCAAGAAGCGCCGCAAGGUCAAUCAUGCUUGCGUAUAUUGCCGGCGAUCUGAACGACCGUGUACGAGAUGCAUAAAGCGCAAUAUUGGCCACCUCUGCCAUGACGAGCCCCGCGAUCCCGACUCCAAGAAGGCAAAGAGCUCCCACGCCGCAUCCGCCGUUGACGACUCCGAGUCGACGCAGACCGAGCUCGCCGCCCGAGGCUCCAUCGACCAAUCCGCGGCCGGGUCCAUGGGCCCGCCGCCUCCUUUCGACAGGAAGCCGUCCGCUGCCUUUGGCGCUGCUGUCUUGGGCCAGGGCAACCCGCUGCACCUUGUGUCACCGAGCUCGGUGUCUGGCAUGCCGGGCAACGGCAGCAAUAUGAACCAAUUCGCCGGAUUCUCCGACGCGUGGUUGACGGCGCAGAACCACUACCACGACAUGCAAAGCUACCACCCCAACAACUACAUGAUCGCCCCCGAGGUCACGCACGAGUUCAACCUGCUCAACGACUUCCUGCAGACGAGCCUGCUCGAUGACGGCGGCAUCCUCUCCGACGAGUCCCAGAACAGCCCCGCCUUCAGCAGGUCAGCCGGCGCAAACGACAUGUUGCCCACCUUCGGCAACAACAGCAACAACAACGGCGCCGCCAACAACAGCAGGGCCACGGCCGCCAACGCGCUGUCGCAGAUGCUGCCGCCGCCGAACCUCGAGCAGGGCAAGUCGAUAUCGCGCCCCGGCAGCGUGGUCCAGGGCGACAACAAGGACAAGGCGCGCGAGUACUACCUGCAGGCGGCGGACCCGUCGGGCAACGACACGCCCGAGGAGCGCAUGGACCGCGUGCUCAAGGCCAAGUACGAGGCGGGCCUGCUGAAGCCGUUCAACUACGUCAAGGGCUACGCCCGGCUGGGCACCUACCUCGACAGCCACAUCGCGCCGUCGUCGAAGCAGAAGAUCCUGCGCACGAUCGACCGCUUCCGGCCCAAGUUCCGCGAGAAGGCGCAGGCGCUGACGGACAUGGAGCUGCUGUACGUCGAGAUGUGGUUCGAGAAGCAGCUGAUGGAGUACGACCGCGUGUUUGCGAGCAUGGCCGUGCCGGCGUGCUGUUGGAGGCGGACGGGAGAGAUUUUCAGGGGGAAUAAUGAGAUGGCGGAGCUGCUGCAUGUGCCGGUUGAGAACUUGAGAGACGGCAAGAUCUCUCUGCAUGAGAUUCUCACGGAAGAGUCUCUGGUGCGAUACUGGGAGGAGUUUGGGACGAUAGCGUUCGAUCCCGCUCACGAUACGUUACUCACGGCCUGCACGCUGAAAAGCCCGGACGACAAGUCGACGGACCCGGUUAUUAACUGCUGCUUUUCAUUCAUGAUUCAACGAGAUAAUCAUAAGAUGUAA